AACAUUCGUCCUCAUAUGCUUAACCGCUAAUUGUCAUUUAACAAUUUUUUUACUUAUAGUACGUGGACAAUUAUUCUGAAAUUGAGUUGAAUAAAUUAUAUGCAAAUAUAAAGUAUAAUGCCAACAUGGAAUCAAAUUCUAUCACAACUACGCAACCCCAGCAAUCCAGUAGUUUUCUUUGAUAUAUCUGUUGGUACGACGGAAAUUGGUCGUAUGAUUUUUGAAUUGUUUGCGGAUACAGUACCGAAAACGGCAGAAAAUUUCCGUCAACUUUGCACGGGUGAAUACCGGCCGGACGAUGUACCAAUGGGAUACAAAGGCGCUAGUUUCCAUCGUGUUAUUAAAGAUUUUAUGAUUCAAGGAGGUGACUUUGUCCAUGGAGAUGGUACAGGUGUAAUGAGCAUAUAUGGCGGCACAUUCGUUGAUGAGAAUUUUACGCUAAAACAUGAUUCGCCAGGCCUUCUUUCUAUGGCUAACAGUGGUAAAGAUACAAAUGGUUGUCAAUUUUUUAUCACUUGUGCCAAAUGUAACUUCCUUGAUGGAAAGCAUGUUGUUUUUGGACGUGUGCUAGACGGACUCCUUAUAAUGCGAAAAAUUGAAAAUGUGCCUACAGGCCCAAACAAUAAACCUAAACUACCAGUAACAAUAUCACAAUGCGGACAAAUGUAAAAGUUGUACCAUUCUUAUUAUUAAUUCAUGUAUACAUCAUAAUUAGAAUAAAAUUUUAUACAGCUUUGAUUCUAAAA